GUUAACGACGACGUCGUUAGAGAGACGAACCAGAAGGAAGAGACCGGCAGACGACACCUGUUUCAUGAGUGGAAAAUGCCGCGUGGUGCCGACGCCCCCCCGCGGACGCCUGUCUCCGUGGUAUUCGCCUUCGUUUUCACCCUCCUCACCGUCGUUGCCGAGUGCUCCAUCAAUAACUCCAAGGUGACAUGUAGCAGAACCUGUGUCGCCAUGAAUUGUGACAACGUUGGAAUCCGAUACGGGAAGUACUGCGGAGUAGGGUGGACCGGCUGUCCCGGAGAAAAACCGUGCGACGAUCUCGACGCUUGUUGCAAACUUCACGACGAAUGUGUCGAUAAACACGGUUUGGCCAAAGUAAAAUGUCAUGAGAAGUUUAAGAGCUGCAUAAAGAGAGUACAGAAGUCUGGGAAGGUCGGAUUUUCCUGGGAGUGUCCUUAUGAGACAGCCAUGCCUACCAUGGUUCAUGGUAUGGAUCUCGCCAUCUUAAUGAGCCAAUUUGCUAACACGAACCUUGAGCUCUGACUUGAGAGCUUCUCGGAUUUUGAAAUCACUAGUGGCCAAAAGAAAUAUAUCUAUUCUUGAUGUGAGGCUAUAAUGCAUGGGACGCUGGGGACGCUAGUGUCAUUGUUGGGAUGUGCAUAUAAUGAUAGGAUGAACAAGUAUUUCUGAUACAAGCAAGAGAGGGUGAUGUUUUAUGUUGUUUUCGGCCCAUACAUGAGGAAUUCGUUCUUAGGGGAGGAAGAAUUGCGAUAAGCAAGAUGAUAGUAUAUAUUUUCAGUAUACAUUAGAUAAAUUGGGUUGAAGACAAUUCUUUUAAUUUAGAUAAA